GGACCCCAACCCCAGGUGAGCACCGCACCGGUGUCCUGUCCCGCCCCCGCCGUCCCGGAGCACCCGGCUGCGGGGCUGGUGGCACCCAGGGGACAACAGUGUCCCUGACCGUGACCUCCCGGCCAGGCUGGGGGGCUGGGGUGAAGCCCGGCCCCCCCCUCCAGCCCCACCAAGGAGCUGCCACCGCUCGUCAUGGCCUGGGGGGGCUGCGGGUGCCUCCAGCUGCCCCUGAAGAAAUGGGGGAACACGAAGCUCCGGAACCAGGAUGGGAUCCGAGCCACCCACCUGGAGCAGGACAACCCGUGGGUCUUGCAGUCUCCCCGGGGCUGGUCCCCCCCAGAGGCCCCGGGGGGUGCCCGGCGCUCCCUGUCCUUCCUGACCGAGGAUGGCACCGACCCCCUGAGCAGCACCCGCAGGUCCCUGCUGGAGGAGCUGGAGCUGGGGGGGGGCUGCGGUUUGGGGGAGCCCCCGCUCUGGCCGGGCUGUCCCCCAGAGCCCCCCUCCCUUGCAGUCCCCACUCUCACCCCGUGGCCUCCCAUGGAGCCGGGGGGCUCAGCACUCCCCCCACAGCCCCUGGCCUCCAGCACGUUGCUCUGGGCUGGGGAUGAGCCUGGGGAGGGACCUCGGGGCCGGACUGUGGGGGGAAGGACACGGGGUCCCCGCAGGGUUCUCCCCAAGCCCAGUGCUGGGGACAACCCUGUCCCCUCUCCCUGGCGGGGCUUUGGUCCUGGUGGGUCACCCCAGUGUUGCCGCAGGGUCCCAGAGGGACCUUGGGCUCCCCCCAGGGCUCCCCCAAGGACUCCCCCCAGGGCUCCCCUGCUCCGUGCUGGCCUGAGCAGCUGCCCUGGGGUGAGCCAGAGCCCUGGGGACAGUGACAUCCUGGGUGCUGCAGCUCAGCACCGUCCUCCUGUGCCCCAGAGACCACCCAUGGGCUGGGCAGGGCUGGGCAUUGUCCCCCCAGCUGUCCCCAACCUGAGGAUGAGGGGGCUUGAGGUGGGGGCUGAGGGCUGGGACCGCAGCAGCCUUGGGGACAGCAGUGCUGGCUCCGAGUGCUUUGUCAGCGCUGUGGAGACCCUGGAACCCAGCGAGGCUGGGGGGUCCCUGGGGGCUCAGCACCACCAAUCCCCCCAGCUCAGGGCAGCUGGGGGGCUGGAGCAGAGUGAAGCCUCCUCCCCAGCUGGAGUUGUCCCCUGGGAGUCACCCCCUGCCAUCCCCCUGGACACAGAGCCGGUGCAGGGUGAGGAUUUUUGGGGGGGCUCGAGGGCAGCCCCUCACUGCCAGGAUGGCUCAGAGGUGGGUGACUUAAGGGAGCUGCGUGUUCAGCUCCAGGGCUGCAGCCUCCGGGGCUCCCCCUCCCAGACUUCAGGACCCUUGGCUGCUGGGGGCAUCACCCCCCAGGGCCAGGAGCCCCCCAAGUUCCUCCACGUCACCCCCAGGACCAAGAGCCGCCUCCAGGCGGCCGCAGCUCGUCUCGACCCCUCCUCUGCCUCCUCCCUCUUCGAGGAGACCCUGGAGAUGCCCCGGAGGCCCCCCAGGCUCAGAGCACCUCGGGGUGUCCUCAGACACCCUGCCACUGCCUCAGGCCACCCUGUCACCCCAUGGGGUGAGGCUGUGUCCAGCGGGGAUGGAGAGGGGACAGGCUCUUUGGAUGACACUGAGAUCCUCCCUGGAGCCUCCAGCCAGCCCAGCUUGUCCCCAGGGGCCAGCAGGUCCCUCAGCUCCAGCCCCACAGUCCUGCUGGCCCCUGGAGACCCUGCCCACCCCCAGAACUCCCCUGGCUCCAGCCCCACAGUCCUGCUGCCCCCUGGAGACCCUGCCCACCCCCAGAACUCCCCUGGCUCCAGCCCCACAGUCCUGCUGGCCCUGGGGGACCCCGGCCACCCCCAGAACUCCCCAUCAGAUCGUUGGGGCUCCCCCCUUGCUGCUGGCAGGGUGCUGGAAGGUGGCUCUGUGUGGCCGGACCCCUCAUCCUUGGGGACACACCAGCCCCAGGGGAGCAGCAGCCCCCCCCUGUCCCCCCGGCUGCCCGGCAGGGCUGUGCUGGAGCUGGGGACCCCGGCCGUGCCGCCCGCACCCCCCGGCUGCAGCACCCACCGCUCCGGGGAUCACCCUGGGGACGAGCAGCAGGGACAGGCACCCACCGAGGGGCAGAGUCCCGAGGCCACCACCAGCCCCGAGGCUGCCCAGGGCCAGGGGCGGUUCCCGGAGCUGCCGCGGCCCCUCUCGGAUGAAGGGCUGCGCCGGCGGCUGCGGGCGCUGGGGGAAGACCCGGGGCCCGUCACGGAGCUCACCCGGGGGCUCUACCGGCGGCGGCUGGAGGAGCUGGUGCAGAGACCCCGGGGGACAAGGGCAGCGGUCCCGGGUGUCCUGGCAGCGGUCCCUGGCUCCAGCACGGCCACCCCAGGGCACAGCCCCGAGCUGGUGGCCGCGCUGCAAACCGGCCACGUCCCCGACUGCGCCCAGGACGAGCUGGAGCUGACCCGAGAGUUCGACCGCCCCGACCGGAACCGGCACUGGCGGGAGGGGCUGGUCAAGUCCAGCUUCAACUACCUCCUCCUCGACCCCAGGACCACCCAGAACCUGCCGUUCCGUUCCCACCACCUGAGCCCAGCCGAGUGCUUCAGGACCUUUGUCAAAGCCAUUUUCUACGUGGGCAAAGGGACACGCACCCGGCCCUACUGCCACCUGGCCGAGGCGCGGGGGCAGCACCGUGCUGGGACACGCAAGGGCUGCCCCAAGGUCCAGCGCAUCCUGGAGAUCUGGGGCAGUGGGCAGGGCGUCAUCUCCUUGCACUGCUUCCAGAGCACCGUCCCGGCAGAGGCGUACACCAGGGAGGGCUGCCUGGUGGAGGCUCUAGGGCUGCAGACCCUCACCAACCAGCGGAAGGGGCAGUGCUACGGCGUGGCAGCGAGCUGGCCGGCUGCGCGGCGCCGGCGCCUGGGCGUCCACAUGCUGCACAGAGCCAUGAGCAUCUUCCUGGCCGAGGGGGAAAGGCAGCUCUGGCCCACGGACAUCUAGGGGGGGUGCUGAGCACCCGGGGGGGGGGGAUGCACCCCCCCUGUGUCCUACACCCUCCCCCUCCGCCCUGCCCCAAGAGGGGGCUGCACUCUGGGGGAGGGGGUGAGUUUUAUGUCGUGAACACUGGCGAGAAUUUGUCUAUUUUUCUAUUUCCCAAGAGGGUGAUGAAUAAAUCA